ACUGCACAUAUUUGUUGUGUCUCGAGUCAAACUUUCCAAAGUUUAACCAAGUUUUAGUUCCUAAUGGAUAAUUUUCCAAUUAAUAAUUAACCAAAAGAUUAAAGGGGAACUUGACAGGUGUAGCCACCUACUACUUUACAUCACAAAGGCAGCCGCUAGUAGCACCAAUCUUGCAUCAUGUAUAUAUAUAUAUGGCCAUGCAUCACACUGGGUCGCCCUAGAAGAAAUUAAGCUUAGCUAGCUAGAACCAAAAUACCCAAGUGAACAAGAGAGGAAGAAAAAACACUGCAUGCAUGCAUGGGUCUCUCAGAUGCAAUGCAAUGGUGGGAUGAGUGGAAGCUGCGCGUCCUCGUCUUGGGCAGCCUCUCUGUCCAGUUCUUCCUCUACUUCUCUGAUUUGGUGCGUCUAUGGUAUAAGCUACGCUGGUUGAGGAUGCUGGUGUGGAUGGCGCACAUAGGCGGGGAUGCGUUGGCGGUCUACGCUCUCGCCACCCUCUUCAACCGCCAAAAGCAGCUAACUGCUGAUGGAGGGAGCGAGGCUCUGGAGCUCAUAUGGGUGCCUAUCCUCCUCAUUCACCUUGGAGGCCAGAGCAUAAGUGCCUACAGCCUCGAGGACAAUGAGCUUUGGAUGCGGCAUGCCAUAACUCUGGUGUCCCAAGUCGUGGUCGCCUUGUACAUCUUCUGCAAGUGGUGGUCCGGCCAGAAGAGGCUCCUGCAGGCGGCAGUCUUGCUCUUUGUGGUUGGCAUCCUCAAGUUCAGUCAGAAGCCAUGGGCCCUCAGGAGCGCCAGCUUCAAUAGCAUGGCCUCCAGAAGUCUCUCCGUGCCAAGAGAUAAAGGAUCCUUCACUCCAUGGUGGGCAUGGUGCACUACGGAUUGCUUGGAUUUUAUUUCAGCAAGAAUGAAGACAGGAGAGCAAGAACACAAAUGCAACCUUUCACUCCAAGACUAUGUAAAAGAGGCAAGGAGUAUUGUAGUACAAGAGAAGGAGGUACCAAGUGAAAGUGCCCGUAGGCUGGACCACAUCUGUAUGAUGCUUGUGGACCUAUCUUGUCGGGACCCCAUUCGUCUUAACUAUCUGCAGUAUUUCCUCAAGUUGGAUGACGAGGGUGUACACAAAGGUCUACGGACGUGGGUUUGGGAUACAUAUAGGAUCCUUUACACCAGAAUGAGAUCAUACCAAACUCCUCUUGGCUUAUGCUCAGUGUGGUUUCUUCCUUUCCUGGCCUUGGCUUCCCUGGUGCUCUUCGCCAAGAGUGACAAGGAUGGUUACAAUGACAAGGACAUUACAGUAUCAUACAUCCUGUUGGGUUGCACAGCCAUGAUUCAGUUCGCCGCCUGGUUUGCACCCUUUUUGCGCAUGCCUUGCGACAUCUCGGGCAGACUCAAACUUGCUACUUGGCAAGACAUGGUUUCACAGCAAAACCUCAUGUCAUUUUGUGCUCGCGAGAAGCAGCAGCCCACCACCACUUUCAUGAAAAUUGUUGCUUGCAUGUGUCCCAUGGAGUACAUUAACAAGCAUUGCUACAAUUGGCAAGAGACUGCGGCUCUCCAGAUUGAAGUGCUGAUUUGCGAGUACAUAAAAGAUGGGUGGAAGGAGUAUAUAAGUGGUCCUACCACAUACAGAAGAUUCAAUAAUUUCAGGGGGCAACACACUCUGUCGAGGCACCCUCAACAUCUUUGGAGCCUCGAAGAACUAGGAUUCGAUGACACUGUUCUUGUGUGGCACAUAGCCACGGAUCUCUGCUUCCACCACCCUGACACAUCCUCCCAGCAAGGUCCAAGUGGAGACACCAUCCUACGCAGCACGCAGAUAUCCAACUACAUGAUCUACCUGAUUUUCGUGUGUCCUGAGAUGCUAAUGGCAGGGACGAGGCAAGAUUUGUUCACAGUUGCUUGCAAUGACAUCAAGGCCAUUCUCACGGACCAGGACGAUCCACAGGGCAUUGCACGGCAGAUUCUUCUCAUGGAACGAGAUGCACUUAAAGGAAUUGUGGUUCAGUAUGCACACAAACUCGCCAAGCAACUCAUGGACCACCCCAACGAGGAACAGAGGUGGAAGGUGAUCCAAGGUGUGUGGGUGGAGAUGCUCUGCUAUUCUGCCAGUAGAUGCAGGGGCUACCUGCAUGCCAAGAGCCUGGGUGAAGGUGGGGAGUUCCUUACAAAUGUCUGGUUCUUAUGGUCGUUCAUGGGAAUGGAAAUCCUGGGCGACAAGAUCAACCAGCCUCUUGAAAAAGAAGGAAUCACAGAUGCUCUCGUGUGAAAUUAUAUUCUCGUUACUUGUUCGAAUAAACUGGUGUGGUGUUGUGCUGAUUUUCUCUUCAUUCCUUUCCCUAUUUUGACUUGAGUGUGCUGUUUCUUUUUGAACUUGUGUGCUUUGCUUUCCAUAAGAGAGCGCGAGCGUGCGGUGUGUGCACGUCGCGCCAUGUCGAGUACGCGCGUGGUGUCGAGCAUGUUCGCACUGGGCGAUGUCCUAGUGUUGCAGCCGCCUCCGUCGUGCCUGAUUCUAGCUGUGGGAUGGCACAGCUACAAAAGAAUCAUGGCACGAAGCGAGCGAAUUGUUGUAGCACCCAUGACCCGUGGGGUCUGUUUGAUCUUGUUUAUUUAUAAGCUAUUUGUGUGCUAUGUGA